AUGGCAUCUGUUUCGGGGUUUUUACCAAGUGCUAGUGAUUUUUAUUUAGAGUUACAAGAUCGUGCGGACUUAGCAGAGGCUCGUCGUCACGAGAGAUUUCUGGCUGUGUUGCUGCUGCAGCGCGUAGCUCGCAGUUAUCUUAUACGUAAACACAUAGCGUGGUUAUCGAAGAAUGCUACGAUCAUCCAGUGCGCGUUUAGGGUUCAUAUGGCGCGAAAGGCCUAUCGAGCUGCCUUGAGGCGUGCCGUACGGAACAAACACGCCAGACAUUACGCUCGCGCUGCGACAAUUAUACAGGCACUCUACCGUGGUCAUCGUUCAAGACGUUUGAAAUUCUGUUAUCAUUCAUACCGCCGUUGGUUGAGGACUGUCACAGAAAGAGGUGAGAGGCAAGCGGCACAAGCAGCAGAGUUUGGAAUCCGAAGUAGAGCUGAUGACCUGAAGAUCCUCGAAGAGGAAGCACGGCAAUGGUUGGCCUUCGUGGUCUUUAAGCUCCAUCAUUUACUUAGGACUUACGUUUCUGCGGGAGUGUACUCGGAGCCAGCAACCUCAGAACUUACAGAAUUCGAAAAGCUACUGGCAUCUAUCCAGUACACCGAAUACAUGAAAAAAUUAAAAAGGAAAUAUGAUGAGUUCGUCAGGAAGCAUCAACAAAAAUUUUCGAACAAACGCCUCUUUCCCAUAAUUGGCGACGGAGCUGAUUACUGGUACAUGUCCUUGCCCGAAAUGUAUGAAUUAACCGCUCCACCCGUUAAAAAGAAGUCUGAUACGAGACAUAGAGCGACACAUCACGGUCCCAUCCACAAGGAACCUUUUCUAUGGAGAAAAGCUAGACAGCCAAGUCCUGGUCAAGGGAGGGGCCCUUUUAUGCCACCGAAAACUUCAGUGUCAAGAACACCACCUACCCCAGCCCCGACGCCUACAGCAGCAGGUGACGUAUUACACAAAGAUCCAAGAUUUCACCUAUAUGUCAAACAUUAUACCCCCCAACCGGAACUCUUUGAUUACGUCGACUUUCAUAUAAACGUCCUUCUGAGAAGAAAAUGUUCAAUAGAAAAUAUAAACGCAAAAUAA